AUGUGGCUGACCAACACUACUAGCCUUUUGCUGGAAUCCGUUCUGGAGCCUCGUAAUGUGCAAUACGCUAUUCUCUCGCAUACGUGGGAGCAAGAUGAGGUAUCUUUGCAGUACUUUGGCAACCUGGACUUUGCAGGCGAAAAGCCGGGGCCUCAAAUUCCGGUCUACUUUGGAUUCAUCUCAGACCUGUCAUCAGUCCUAGGCGGAGGUCUCAUGCUUGACUGGCUGGCUGGAGGAGGAUAUCGCUGGUUCAGCUGA